CUUGCUGGUCUGUUAUGUCCGAUACUUUGCAAGUGCUCAACGAUGUUUGCCCUUUUGCCCUUUUGCCCUUGCCGCCAGUCCGCCCAUUCGCGUUAUUUCACCUGAUGAAUUUAAAAGUAAAAGCCCUUAUCUCGAGCUGUCGAUAAGCCUGUUGACUCGGUGAAUGGCUCGGUGAAUCUGCUUUAAUUACAUAUCUCUCUGAUUUUGGCUUCGCUGCUUUUUUUUUCCUCCUCCUUCGCGUCUUGGGCCCUAUCCUCAAGGACCAUGGCGUUUGCUCGCUGUGCCCUUGGGUUCCAUCGGCCUGCCCUGGCAGUCCCCUGCUGUCGCUCAGUCCAUGGCGUUCGCAAUCUUGCGACUGCCAGACAAUUCGAUCUUCUUGCUCCAUUAGACACCUUUCAGGAGAGACAUAUCGGUCCCAAUGAGCAUCAAGUCUCUCAAAUGCUCUCUCGAGUCGGCUAUGAUUCUAUGGACGCGUUCAUAGCCGAUACCGUCCCUCCUAAAAUUCGCGUUUCGACUGCUGAUAUCAGUAACAGGACUAUUCCAUCCUUCAGUGAAUCAGAAUUGCAUGCGCGCGCUAAGGCGUUGGCAGGACAGAACGUUGCGUUCAAGAGUUACAUAGGGAUGGGGUAUCACUCUGCUGUUGUUCCUCCGGUCAUUCUGCGUAACGUAAUGGAAAAUCCUCAGUGGUACACCCCCUACACACCGUAUCAACCUGAGAUCGCUCAGGGACGUCUAGAAUCUCUGGUCAAUUACCAGACAAUGAUCAUGUCUCUCACUUCAAUGGAUAUCGCCAACGCCUCACUUCUUGAUGAAGCAACAGCCGCAGCGGAAGGCAUGGUUAUGGCUUUUGUUUCCUCUGGACACAAGAAACGCACUUUCCUAGUCGACUCCGGCGUUUUACCUCAAACCAUCUCGGUGCUGAGGACGCGUGCCAAAGGCUUCGGUAUCAAGGUGCUUGUUGAGGAUGCGACCGUAGCCAUCAAGCAUCAGAGCCUGCAAUCAGAUCUGUGUGGUGUCCUGGUUCAGUAUCCCGACGUGGAUGGGAACAUCAAAGAUUUCGGAGGACUUGCAGUAACUGCGCAUUCGUCUGAUGCUCUCGUCGCCUGUGCUACCGAUCUGUUGGCAUUAACCAUGUUGAAGCCACCAGGCGAAUGGGGAGCUGAUAUCGUCUUUGGAAACUCGGCACGAUUCGGUGUUCCUUCAGGAUAUGGAGGUCCUCAUGCCGCAUUCUUUGCUGUAACGGACAAGCUCAAACGGAAGAUGCCUGGUCGCUUGAUUGGCCGUAGUCGAGAUGCCGCAGGUAGACCUGCUUACAGGCUUGCAUUGCAGACCCGUGAACAACAUAUUCGACGCGAACGGGCGACAAGUAAUGUCUGUACCAGCCAAGCCCUGCUGGCUAACAUGGCAGCAAUGUAUGCUGUGUACCACGGUCCAGUCGGUUUACAACGUAUCGCAAACAAGGUCCAUGUUACCGCGCAAAUUUUCAAGUCCUCGGUCGAAAGUCUCGGAUACAAGCUGUCAAACUCUACCUUCUUUGACACGAUCACUUUGGACGUAUCAGUGGCCGGUGGCGCUCAAACGGUGCAUGACAUUGCGAAAAGCGCGAGGGUCAACCUUCGUAGCAUCGAUGAUCACCAUGUUGGUGUUACAUUCGACGAAAGCGUUACGCAAGCGGAUUUGGAGGCUCUUGUAGCAAUAUUUGCCUCCGCCGUCAAGUCAUCAGGCCAGCUGAUUCUACCGUCUGAGGGAUCGCCUAUUCCCUCGUAUCUGCAGCGUACUUCUGAUUAUCUUCGCCAUCCAGUUUUCAACAAACACCAUUCCGAGACUGAGAUGCUCCGUUACAUGAAUCAUCUAGUCUCCAAGGACCUUGGUCUCGUUCAUUCCAUGAUCCCCCUCGGGAGUUGUACAAUGAAGCUUAAUAGUACCAGCAGCAUGAUUCCUUUGACAUGGCCAGAGUUCAGUGCCGUGCACCCCUUCGCCCCCCAUGACCAGGUGGAGGGAUAUCUGAGUAUCAUCAAGGAACUCGAAGACGAUCUGUGCAAGAUAACAGGCUUCCAUGCUGCCUCCUUGCAGCCAAACUCGGGUGCAGCUGGAGAGUAUGCAGGACUCUGCGUGAUUAGGACUUACCAUGAGUCUCGAGGAGAAGGACAUCGCGACAUCUGUCUGAUUCCUCUAAGUGCCCAUGGAACGAAUCCGGCAUCGGCAGUCAUGGCUGGGCUCAAGGUCGUUCCCGUUAAGGCCCUAUCGGAUGGUAGCUUGGACUUGGAAGACCUUACAGCCAAGGCCGAAAAGCACAAGGAUAAUCUUGCUGCAUUUAUGAUCACAUAUCCUUCAACGUUCGGGGUUUUCGAAGACGGCGUUCAAGAUGCUUGCAAAAUCAUCCACGACAAUGGUGGUCAAGUAUAUCUGGAUGGUGCUAAUCUUAACGCUCAAAUUGGUCUGACCAACCCUGCUACCUGUGGGGGAGAUGUAUGUCACAUGAAUCUUCACAAGACAUUUGCGAUUCCCCAUGGCGGAGGAGGUCCUGGAGUUGGACCCAUCUGUGUCGCCGAACACCUCUCUCCUUUCCUUCCCUCUCACAGAUCCCUACCCCAGACAGCCGAUUCCAGAGCCAUCGAAGCAGUCUCAGCGGCACCUUUUGGCAGUGCCUCCAUUCACCUCAUUUCCUGGGCUUACAUCAAAAUGCUCGGUGGUCGAGGGCUUGUCGAUUCCUCUAAAGUGGCGCUACUGAAUGCAAACUACAUGGCCAGCCGCUUAUCGGAGCACUACAAUGUUCGGUACACGAACAAACAUGGUCGCGUCGCUCACGAGCUCUUGAUUGAUCUCGCAGAGUUCGAUAAGUCUGCGGGAUUGAAAGUCACCGACUUCGCCAAACGGCUGCAAGAUUAUGGCUUCCAUCCUCCCACUUGCUCUUGGCCCACGUCCACAUGCAUGUUGAUUGAGCCCACCGAAUCAGAGCCUUUGGAAGAGAUAGAUAGGUUCUGCGAUGCUAUGAUACAGAUACGUCGAGAAGCAGAAGAUGUCGUAACGGGAAACCAACCCCGAGACAAUAACGUUCUUAAGAACGCACCUCAUCCUGUUUCUGUACUUGCUGAGGAAGAGUGGAGCAGACCUUACUCUCGCCGAACGGCAGUAUACCCCCUUGCUUGGCUUUCAGAGAAGAAGUUCUGGCCGACAGCGUCGCGCAUUGACGAUGCCUACGGUGACCUCAACCUUAUUUGCGACUGUCCAUCUGUACAGGAAGUUGCUUCGUAAUGAUCGUUUGUCAAAUGUUUUCUACUCGAGCUUUCUAUUCUUCUAGAUGGCUCACUUGAGCCUAGAGUGUUGGUCAACCGAACCUCUCAUAGACAUUUGUACAAUAUUAAUGGUACCAUCAUACAUUUUGCAGUAUAUCCAUAAUAAUAUGUCACAUCGAACCUGC